AGGGUGGGUUACGGGUAGCUUCAUCGUUGCAAGCGAAGAGGCUUGAAGAGACCCGGAUGGAACCGCAUAUCGCGAAACGGGCAUUGAACAGAAUCGAUUAUUCCAUUCAGUCUUCCUCCUUCAAAAUCAAUUAUUUCCAAACGCGAGAUAUUGUCUUUGACCGUUUACCAGCGCCGCUACGACACAGCCGGUCACUUCAAGAGUAGGACCCCUGAAAAGUGCAGCCAACGCAAUGGGUGACGAAGCAACCAAUCAAGACACCAAAAAAGCCAACCAAGCUUGGAGAAAAAAGCCCCGAAAAUUUGCUCCCAAGUCGAGACUGGGCUGCAAAACUUGCAAAAUAAGGCGGAUAAAAUGCGACCUGUCUCGGCCUUCAUGCUCCAAAUGUCAGUCUACAGGCCGUACCUGCGAUGGCUAUGGUGAAGGUGGCUUCGCAGACAAUGACACCGGAGCAAGUAGCAGCGACGGUCAGCACUCUGGCACAUCAAUUGGCGUCCAUUGUCCAAAACGAGGUCCCGCAGAAAACCACUUUCCCGCGCGGACUCUCGGACCUUUGUUGAUGUUGCCUGCGACUGAUCCGUCUCAGGCGCUGGCCAUGGGGUUUUUCGAGCAAAUAUCAAUCGGGCAGCUCAACGAAUACCAGCCAUGCGAAUUGUGGCGUAGCACGCUGAUGUUCUUUUCCCAGACAGUGCCGUCAGUACGGCAUGCGGCAACUGCUCUCAGCCUGAUGCAUCGGCAAUACCUGGACGGUAAUGCCAGUGCCAGCCCGCAGCCCUCAGGGGACUGCCAGCCACAUCGGCUACGUGAAGGGUCUCCCUGGACUCACUACAGCCGGGCAAUCCAACUUCUCCUCGACGCCAAUCAGGAAACCGCCGAUAGCACCGAGACGACAGCGAUAACCCUGCUGGUCUGCUAUCUCCUCUUUUGCUUUGACCAUCUAGCCGGCAACGACGUACAAGCCUUGAAGCAUUUGCACGGAGGCGUCGAGAUCUCGCGCAGCAUCCGCAAGACCAUGCCUCUGAGCAAUGGGAUACCUGAAAAGACCGCGCUCGCCGGCGCUCACACUCUCAUCACACAGGUAACGAGACAGAUUCGACGCCUCGACAUGCAGGCGGCCGUCUUCAUAAUCGGCUGGAACCCCGCCGGCCUGCAGGAUUCGCUUGUCUCGCCUCAACUGCCCCUUCACAGCGGCGUCUUUACAUCUCUAGACGAAGCCGCCGACCAUCUUCAGGUCCUCGUCGCCCGGGCAAUGAAGAUGUACUGGCAAGAGCAACUGCCGGCGGCGGAUGAGAUGCCAGACUUGCUGCUCAAGGAUUUGUUGCUUGAGCAGUUGCAGACUUGGUGGACGCUACUUCAAAAGACAUUACAGGACACCAGCCACGUUACGGGUGUGCAACAAGGACUCGAGCCUUUGCUUCUUUUGCAGUACACAGUCGCAACUAUUCUCCUCAGAAUCUCCGAACCAGACAGAGAGGUGGCCUAUGACCGCUUUCUACACGAAUUCCAGCAAUGCGUAGCGUAUGCAAGCGACGUGCAUGAUGGAUACUAUUCCAAGUCUGCAGGGGCUGCCUUCACCGCCGAGAUUGGACUGCUCCCUGUUCUCUACAUAGUAGGGGUGAAGUGCCGGCAUCCAGUUGUGCGACGACAGGCCCUGAGCAUCUUGCGGCGUCAACCCAUGCGGGAGGCUGUAUGGGAUAGUCUAUCUGUGGCCACGGUAGUCGAGCGUGUCAUCGAUAUCGAGGAGGGAGACUGGUCUAGCCACGGGGGAGGGAGCCCAGCCAUGGAAGAUAUCACUGCAUGGCAGAGGGUAGAGAGCCUGUCUUGGGCGCAUUUUGGCAGAGCCGGGGUGCUUGAGAGGGUGGACAUCACGUACAAGAUGGAUGCGAGCUAG